AUGGGCUACGGGCAAACAGGUUCUGGGAAGAGCUUUACUAUGAGCGGUCUCCGAAACAACUGGGAACACAGAGGCCUGGUCCCGCGACUUUUGACCCAAAUGUUUGCUGAAAAGGCGAAAAGAAAAAAAAUCAACAAAAUAGAAUACUGUAUAAGCUUCAUUGAGAUUUAUGGAAAAGAAACGAAAGAUUUGUUACUCUCUACGGAUAAUAACAAAGUCAAGAUAAACGAGCGAGAACCGUUCAAGGAAAUCUCCAUGAUACCUGUGGAUAAUGAAAAUGAAUGUCUGAAAAAAAUCUUUGAAGGAGAAAUUAGGAGAUCGAUUGCAAUAGGAUCGACUUAUCCAGCCUCUCACUUAUCCAUGUCUGUGAUUACUUUUCAUGUAUCUAAUCUUAGUUUAAUAACAUCAUGGGGUAUUGUAACGACAGCCAAAAUACAUAUUGUGGAAACAGCUGGUACAGGAACAGUAGGAAAGAAUAGUUGUUGGAAAACAGCGACAGAUAUUGGUAUGGCGAAUUUAAUGAAAACUCAGUUGGAGCAAUUCUUUUCACAUAUAGAAAGUCCAGCCACUAUUAAUAUAUCACGCUCCAAUAAUUUGUUCAAGAUUUUAGGAAAUGCUUUUUCAGUUUCAUCUAUAAUUCGGUUUAUAUCUCAUAUUCGAAUCACGGAAGAAGAUCUUGACAUCACACUAUCGACUUUACGACUCACCGCAAAAAUUAACGAAGUUAAUGCUUUGAAGAAGGAACUGAUGUUGAACAACUUGAUUUUAAAUCAAGAAGCGCUAAUGAAUAUUUCCAAGUCUCGGAUGGAACAAAUUAACCGGAGUAUUUUUAAUUUUUUAAACGACAAGAUUUCGGACUUCACGCUGUUUAGAUAG